AUGGACAAGCGGAAAGGAAAGAAGAAGACUGGCGGCGCAGCUCCGGCGCCCAUCUCCGACGAGCGGUUCGCCAGCUUCCAGACCGAUCCUCGAUUCCGGCUGCCGUCGAGGAAGCACACCAAGACGACCGUCGACAAGCGAUUCGCGGGCAUUCUCAAGGACGAUGACUUUACCGCCACGGCCAAGGUAGACAAGUAUGGACGGAAGAUCAAGUCAGACUCCAAAAAGAAGGCCCUGCAGAGGCUUGAAGAAGACGAGGAAGAGGAGGAGGAUAUCGAGGUCGAAGACGACAAGGUCGUCGAGAGAGAGCUACGCGCUGCUUCACGGUCUCGGAAGUAUGAUCCCGCCCGAGAGGGAGGCUUCUCCUCUUCCGAAGACUCAGACUCGGACUCAGACUCCGAAGAAUCAGUGCUGGAUCUCGCCACCGGCGGCGACAUGCAGCGGCUUGAACAGGAGGAGAUCAAGACCGGAGAAGUCACAACUCGGAUAGCCGUCGUCAACCUCGACUGGGACCACGUCAAGUCCACCGACCUGAUGGCCCUCUUCUCCAGCUUCAUCCCCGCCAACGACGGCGGCAAAGUCCUCAACGUGGCCAUAUACCCAAGCGAGUUCGGAAAGGAGCGCAUGCAGCAGGAAGAGCUGGAGGGCCCACCCAGACAGCUGUUUAAGAGGGGCAAGAAGGACGAGGAAUCCGACGACGACGAGAGUGUAUCUGACAGCGAAGCCGAAGAGGCCGCCAUCAAGAAGAAGCUGAUCCAGGAGGGCGACGACCAAGAUUUCGACAGCGACGCCCUGAGGGCAUAUCAGCUCGACAGAUUACGGUACUACUAUGCCGUUAUGACCUGCUCCAGUAAGAGCACUGCGCAGGCCAUCUACGAAGCGACAGACGGAACAGAGUACCAGGCCUCGUCCAACUUUAUCGAUCUGCGGUUCGUUCCGGACGACGUCACCUUUGACGACGAGCCCAGAGACCAAUGCGACAAGGUCCCCGAGUCAUACAAGCCCAUCGAGUUUGUCACCAACGCGCUGCAAAGCUCAAAGGUGAAGCUCACCUGGGACAUGCACCCCGAAGAGAUCAACCGGAAAGAAUCCAUCAAGCGAGCUUUCAAGGGCAGCAGGGCAGAAAUCGACGAGCAGGAUCUGAAAGCCUACCUGGCCGGGGACAGCGAGAGCGACGAAGACGAAGAGGACGAUGCCGAUGCCGGUGACGCAGCUGCCGAUGGCGAACCCAAGCUGAGCAAGAAGGAACUGGCCCGGAGAAAGAUGCGCGAAGCCCUCGGUCUCGCGGCCGAACCAGAGGCCACCAAGAAAUCCAAGGAUGCCCCCGUGGGCGAGAUGGAAGUCACCUUCACCCCAGCCCUAUCAGGCGAAAAAGCCAAGAAGGAGGACCGAGAAGAGACGACCAUCGAGAAAUACGCCCGCAAAGAGCGCGAGCGCAAAGAAAAGAAGCGUCAAGCUGCCAAGGCCAAACGCGAGGCCCUCAACGGUGGUAAGGACGACAGCGACGACGACGACGACGACGUCCACGUCGUUCACGGUGGUGGUGGUGAUGACGAGGACGGCGAGGACCUCGGCUUCAACGACCCCUUCUUCACAACCGCAGACCCCGCCCCCGCAACGAAAUCCUCCAUCCGCAAGGAAGAGCGCCGCAAGAAGCGCGAGGCCCGCGAAGCCGCAGCGGCCCUCGACGCCCAGGAAAAAGCCCACCUGGCCAAGGUCAUGGCCGAGGACAAGAACGACAGCAACCAGGCGGAGCACCUCGACCACUUUGACAUGAACGAGAUUCUGCGCGCCGAGAAGCAAAAGGGCAAGAAGGCCAAGUACCAGAAGAAGAAGAAGGGCAAGGGGGCCGGUGAUGCGCCGGCGGGCCUGCAGGAGGAUUUCGAGAUUGACGUCAAGGAUGAGCGGUUCAAGGCCGUGUUUGACAGUCACGAGUUUGCGAUUGAUCCUUCGAAUCCCAAGUUCAAGGCCACGGAGGGCAUGAAGAAGUUGUUGGAUGAGGGCAGGAAGAAGAGGAAGAUGGCGGUUGGGGGGGAUGAGGAGGAUCAGCCGCGGGAUAAGAAGAGUAAGAAGGGGCGGCGGUGA